AUGGCUGACUGGGCUUUCAGGACAUCAAAAGAACAUCCGUGGCUUCACCCGUUCACCUGCCCUACUGGGUGCCCAGCGGGCAAGCAGAUUAUUGCCCAAGAUCCGUCCCAAACCAGCUUUUGCUCUACUGGGUCGGCUUUCUACUGUUGUGAUGCACCACUAGAGGAUGUUGCCGAUGAUGGGAGCGAUCUGAACUUCUGUGAGAGCACAGAUGGCGACUACGUGCUCAGCGUCUCAGCGGGUGAUGGCAACUAUGAUGAGGAUGGUAAUCCAGCAGACAUCCUGGAGCUUUGGUGGUAUGAGGAGGGUGUCUUUGUUGUUCCGAAUGAUGCCUCGCCAGAUGAUAUGAAGCGUGGACUCGGCGUCCUCCAGGAACUGGCCAGUUUGCGAAUCGAUCGUCGCUGGGACCGAUCGCAUGGAUUGAACAACCGUACACUUCCGCAAGUUUACCGGAUGACUGCUUCUAUGCCCUUGAGCCCGAGCUUCCUGAAGUUGAGUCUCUACUCAGUGAAGUGCGACUCUCAUGGGAUUGUCAAGCUUCCGAAUAACAAGCGGACUAAAUUUUUGGCCUCGACUUACUACACUGUUGCAGAUUUGGCAGGCAAAGGAAGAAAGUUCUGGGCAAACAGCGGCGUCAAAGCUGCGGCUAAGAUCUGCCUUAAGAAUGCUGCUCUUUUCCAAGCUCGCAAAUAUGUUUCGGAGCAUGUCACUGAGCUCCAGACUCCGGCUCAGUUUGCACAAUCAAUGAUUGACAAUAAAUAUCCAGAUGGGACAGCCCUGACUGGUGUUACAAGUGGACAUAACUGGGAAGACGUCUUUGGCGACAACGGCUAUGUUCAUUGGACGUGGGCAAAUCUGGGUGUUGCCCGACCGGCAGGUUUAAUGUGGGCCAUUCAUACAAACAUCAUCAGUGAUAAGCGUUGGAAUGCUGCAGCCCCGUCAACGAGACUCGCCUUUUUAAAUAACCUCGACCAAUCCCUGGUACCGUAUAUGAACUCGCCUGAGGCACAAGCCGCUUUGAAACACGCGUAUGAUGUACAGCAACAGAUCUUCAAAGCGCUACACAGCGCUGCUCAAACAAACUCAAAGAUUAAAGGCCCUGGUGGAUCCAUCAGUUUUGCCUCUUUGCAUAAGACCUGA